AUGGAGAUUUCGAAGGAGCCAAAGACGAAGAUCGAUGAAAUCUCUCACAGCCUCUCGUUCUCUACUUCCAACGCCGCCGGCGAUUCAAGCUGGGACAAAUUCCCCUUCUUCCGCCACCGCUCGCGUCAAAUCACGCGCGACACUUGGCUCGUCUCCGUCUUCGUGCUUCUUCAGAUCGUCAUCUUCGCUGUAACUAUGGGCAUCAACGAUUGCUCCAGAAACUCUCACGGACACUGCGCCGGCAAAAUCCUCGGUCGAUUCUCUUUCCAGCCUCUCUCCGAGAAUCCUAUGCUCGGCCCCUCCGCUUCCACAUUCGAACACAUGGGAGGUCUUUACUGGAAAGCUCUGGUGGAGAAGCAUGAGGUUUGGCGUAUAUUGACAUCACCGUGGCUCCACAGCGGAUUGUUUCAUCUCUUCAUAAACCUUGGGAGCUUGAUUUUCGUAGGGAUAUACAUGGAGCAGCAAUAUGGACCAUUGAGGAUUGCAGUAAUAUACAUCCUCUCCGGCGUUGUUGGUAGUCUCUUUGCUGCAUUGUUCGUUCGAAACGUCCCAUCAAUCUCUUCCGGUGCUGCCUUCUUUGGGUUGAUCGGAGCCAUGCUCGCUGAGCUUGCAAGGAACUGGAAUCUAUACAGCUCCAAGAUUUCAGCCUUAGUGAUGAUAUUCACCAUCUUCACAGUCAACUUCCUGAUAGGCUUCCUCCCAUACAUAGACAAUUUCGCAAACAUUGGCGGUUUCAUCUCAGGGUUCCUCCUUGGAUUCGUGCUACUAUUCGCCCCGCAGCUGAGAGAGGUUGCUCCACCACCACACAAGGCGAAGCUGUUCGAAGAUGAUAUGAGAAGAUCCACAAGGAGGCUUAAAGAAAUGUUCGAUAGACCUAUACUAAGGAUCAUUUGCCUGGUUGUGUUUUGUGGAAUACUCGCUGGUGUUCUAGUAGCAGCUUCAUGGGGCAUCAAUCUCAACAGCCAUUGCAAAUGGUGUCGCUAUGUUGACUGCAUCCCAACAAGAAAAUGGAGCUGCAGCGACAUGACUGCUUCCUGCGAGGCAAUGGUGAGUGAUGCUCAGCUAACACUGACGUGCAUGGCAAAUGGAAGGUUUAGGAUCUUUCCUUUCACCAACAUCUCACAAGCAAGGACACAAGACCUCUGCACACUCGUCUGCUCCUAA